AUGGGGGCAGUGGGCGAGGUGGGUACAUUUUCCUUGCACGGCCUGGAUAGCUUCGGACACGGAUCGCAUUUUGUCCUGACGCCCGCGGGGGACACCCCCGGACUGAUGAGCGAGCACCUGGUGUCGGCGGAGAGGUUGUCGCGGAGCACGCCGUCGGAUCUGACGCAUCUAAAGGGGAUUCUACGGAGGAGGCAGCUGUACUGCAGGACCGGGUUCCACCUCGAGAUACUGCCCGAUGGCACAGUGCAAGGCACCAGGAAAGACCACAGCAGAUUUGGUAUUUUGGAGUUCAUCAGCUUGGCUGUGGGGAUGGUGAGCAUCCGUGGGGUGGACAGUGGAUUAUACCUGGGCAUGAACAGCAAGGGAGACCUCUACGGCUCUGAGAAGCUGACAGCCGAGUGCGUCUUCCGGGAGCAGUUUGAGGAGAACUGGUACAACACGUACUCAUCCAACCUCUACAGACACGGUGACCGGGGAGCACACUACUUCGUGGCGCUCAACAAGGACGGCACGUCCAGGGACGGCGCCCGCUCCCGGCGACACCAGCGCUUUACCCACUUCCUGCCCAGGCCCGUAGAUCCCGACCGUGUACCCGAACUCUACAGAGAGGUCCUGGGCCACAGCUGAGACCCAGUGGGAGUGUGUUGGUCCCUGCGACGCUACACACCCAGUACACUGCACCGUGACUUUCAGUACUCUCCUAUGAAGGGUCUGCAUAUCGUCAGUCUCCCUAUGGCUUCCUAUGGAAACAAGAUGGAGGAAAGGUCGCUUGGGGGCUGUGGGGUGGAUAGGAAAUAUGUGUGAAGCCGGGCCUUGUGGUCCCCGGUGCAGCCCCAGGAGAAAGGAGUACAGGUGGUUAAUAGGGGCUUUUUGGCCAAAAGAGAGGCUGGCCUGGUGGCCAUCUUUGUUUUGAGCAUCGUGUUGGAAGGUGAAGGGAUCACCUCCAGAGCUGCUGAUGUCAUCUUUCCGGAUGGGUCUUCUUCACCACCCUCUGAGUGGCUUCUGAGAUUCUGAUUGGUCAAUCUGACUGUAGUGAAAUGGGAGUAGGAGAAGAAGAGCAGAUGGUCCUCCAGCGGAGUGUAGACUUUGUGUUCUUCUGUGGUACCCCAGGUGGACUGUUUUGACGAAACACUCUAGAAGACUUGUGAAGGAAUUCUUUUCUGAACCUUUCGUGACUGCAUUCUAUUCCCUGACACGAGCAACGAGCAUGGACGAGAAGAAAAAAGACUUACAAAAUAACCUUAUCCUGUUUCAGUUUUUUUUAUUUAUGCAUUUUUCUGGGACAUAUAUUUAUUUUAUAUAUUUAUUUAUUUUGAGAAUAUAUUUUUUACAGGUAUACAUAAGAUAUUAAAAAUAAGCCAUCAGAGAUGUAUUUUGUGCCACUGUGUACUGCAUUUGACAUGUCCUUUCAAACAGACUGAAGAAAGUCUUGUCCUAGGAGUUUUUAUUUAGACAAUGGUUUGUAUAAGGCCGCGUUGUCACUAUUCCCGAGCUUGUCAUCAUCGGGGGCGUCCAUGUUUCUCUUAUGUCAUCAGAAAGAGCCAGAGUUCCACUGGGUUCCAGUGAGGAAUAAACCUGUUAACACUUCA